CAUGCUAUGCGCUUGCUGCUUGUAUUGCUUUGCUUUGCUUCACUGUUCGCUCUUAUGUCCUCUCUGUCGACACGGUGCCUAGGAUGCAAUGAAGGUUUCGACGACUCUCGCGCACUGAAGGGCCAUCAGCGUCGCUGCAAGAAAAACGCAACAUUCACUGCAAGUUCGCUUCAAAAGCGCAAGUUGGACGAUGGAGUGGCUGGACCCGGAAAAGCAAAGGUCGCAAGGGUUGAUGAUGAGGCAGUUAGUCGGAGAGAGAAGGAGCACAUCCGAGAGGAGGCAAAUGAGAUUCAUGAGAUGUCAGCUAUGGAGAAUAAUCUAGGACAGCACCCAGAAAUAGUACAGCAUCCCGCUCCCAUUGAAUCCCGAAGUCGUGCUGGACGACAGCGAAAGGCGCCACAACGUCUGAAAGACUUCCUGCCCACGACGUCUAUCGGUAUCCCAGCCCAUAUACCGACUCCCCUAGUCUUUGAAGACGAUCCGGUCCCUCCGCCGGGCUCUCCUCAGGCUGUGUGUGAUACACAAUCUGGCGCGGACUCCGCUGCUGCCUCAGGCAGCCACCAGGAUGUUAUUCCUGUGACUGACCGUCCUGCGUUCUUCCAAACUGAACCAGAUGAAUUCGGAGUCUUUCGCUGCUAUACUACUCGUCCCCAUGCCCAGCCACAGGAGGCGCACACCCUUUCCGACCUCUCUGACGCCUCUACUCUCCGUCCUCCACUUGCAACUACUACCGAAUCACCAGCCGUGAGCGGAUUCGGUCCAAGUGUUGUGCAGACACUUCAGGAUGGCAUCGAGAAAGCCAAGGAGUGGUUUUUCCCAUUCCUCAAUGUGACCGUCUUCCGGCUCAUGGCAUGGGCCAACACGGGCUCGAACCUUAAGUCUGAUGCCGAGGUGCAACGCCUUGUUGACGAGGUCCUCCUCGCUGAGGACUUCGACCGUGAGGACCUGCGCCGCUUCCGCGUUACGAAGGAACUCGAGCGCCUUGACAGCCUUGACAAGCCGGGCAAUGUCUUCGCAAGCACAGAUGGAUGGCAUGAAGUGUCAGUCAAGAUCAGUGUUCCGAAGGAACGCACGAAGUUCGCAUCAGAGGCAGAUGCCCCUAUGUUCGAGGUCCCUGAAGUAUACGUCCGAAAACUCACGGAGCUUGUCCGCUCGGCAGCAGAGGCAGUCGACGCAGACCGUUUCAACUGGCUACCUUUCCGGCAGUACUGGCGACGUCGCAAGUACGAGGCUCCUGGAUCCAACUCUGGGUCCGACAGUUCAGAGACGUCUGAUGCCGGUCACAAUGAACAUCAAUUUGAGAACAUUCGCCUCUUUUCCGAUCUUCCGAAUAGUGACGCGAUGCUGGAGGAGGAUGCACGGAUCCGCGCACUGCCCCGCAACGCUGCAGAUGGACCGGAGGUCGAGUACGUCAUGGCGCCUCUCAUGGUCUGGUCGGACUCUACGCACUUGACGAAUUUCGGCGGUGCACACCUAUGGCCAAUCUACCUCUACUUUGGAUGGCUCUCGAAGUAUGUCCGGGGCUGUCCUACGUCCUUUGCUGCUCACCACCUGGCAUAUUUACCAUCAGACUGGUAUCAAAAGGUAUAUGGCAUAUCUGCGACUGCCGACGUCCUUCGCUUCUGCAAGAAGGAGCUCAUGCAUGUUAUCUGGUGCUAUAUCAUGGAUGACGAGUUCAUGAAGGCGUAUCAUGAGGGUAUGCUUGUGAAGUGUGGGGACGGUAUACUGCGCCGAAUAUUCCCUCGCUUCUUCACCUACUCUGCAGACUAUCCCGAGAAGUACAGUACCAUUUCUCCUGUAAUGGACCCUAUUUCCGUCCUACCUACCCGGAGUGCCUUCUCAACGCGGCUUGCGGAUACCGGGUUCAACUUCUACUCCCUCUUUGUGCCCGACAUCUUGCAUGAAGUCGAGUUAGGAGUGUGGAAAGCGAUCUUCAUCCACCUCCUUAGGAUACUGCAUGCCGAGGGAAAGGACCGCAUUCAGAUAAUGAAUGAACGCUUCCGUCACAUCCCUACCUUUGGACGUAGUACUAUCCGCCGAUUCGCAAAAAAUGUAUCCGGCCUCAAGCAGAUGGCUGGUAGAGACUUCGAGGACAUACUGCAGUGUAUCAUACCUGUUUUCGAAGGCCUCCUCCCACCGCCACAUGACGAGCUUGUACAGACCCUAGUCUUCACGAUCGCCUACUGGCAUGGCCUAGCCAAGCUUAGGUUGCACUCCGAAGAAACAGUCGCGAUCUUCCAUGCAGUAACUCGAGACCUUGGGAAGAUCGUGCGCAAGUUUCUUCGGAAGACUUGUGAAGCAUAUGAUACCCGGGAGCUCCCUCGAGAGGAAGCAGCUCGUGGUCGCCGCACAGCUGCGAUGGUUGCAAAACAAGGAGCAAAGGCCUCACGCAAGCCGCGUAAACAGCAAGCAUCUGCCACCGCAAGCGCCGGCCCUAAGCGCAAGAUGCUGAACCUUCUAACGUACAAGUGGCAUUCUCUCAUCCACUAUGCCUACACAAUACCGUGGUUUGGUACCCUCGAUGGCGUCAAUACACAACAGGGCGAGAUGGAGCAUCGCCGUGUGAAGCGGUUCUACACGCGCACAAAUAAGAACAAGGCAGCACGACAGAUCGCACGACGUCAACGCCGGGAGCAGCAUCUCCAGAGGAUGCUGGCUCUAGAUCGCAAACGACGUGCAGAGCUGGCAGCCGCGAGAGAGGUCACUGAACCUGCACCUCCAAGUCAGCCAGGUCAUCUCAACGUAGAUCGCCCUAGAAAUGGUACAUUACAUGCUCUUGACGAUACAGGCACCCUACGACGGCGAGGAGCAGCUCUUGAUUUAUCAGAGCAGGACCCACUUCCAUCUCAUACGUCACCGAGAGAACGCUAUCACAUGUCCGACUCGGAACGGCACCAUCACAACAUACUCCAGUGGGUCAAUACUCCGAGCCACAAGAACGAUCCUGCAUUCAAAGACUUUAUCCCCAUGCUCAAGGAUCACCUGCUCUCACGACUCACGGACCGGGAGUACGAUGGCGACGAAGACAGCUUUGGCCUUGACGAACAUGACACAAUCAAGUUCGUGAACGACCGCAUCUACCUUCACAAGGCCCUUCGUAUCAACUACACGACAUACGACAUGCGACGCGCACAGGACACCAUUAAUCCCCGCACCCAGUCCGACGUCAUGAUGCUCGCACCUGCUGAAGACGAUGGUGAUGCUAAUGCGAAUGCACACCCAUACUGGUACGCACGUAUCAUUGGAAUAUUUCAUGUGAAUGUCAAGCACAGCGGCUUCCUAUCGAAAACAAAGUCCGCCCAGCGGAUGGACAUACUCUGGAUCCGGUGGUUUGGUCGUGAUAACAGUGCUCCUGGCGGGUUUGAGACCUCGCGUCUCCAUCGUGUUGGCUUUAUUGACUAUGAGGCGCCGAACGCGUUCGGGUUCCUUGACCCAAAGCAAGUACUCCGAGCCUGUCACAUCAUGCCAGCCUUUGCUCAUGGUCGGACUCGUGAGUACCUUCCACCGUCGAUCGCGCGACAACCCGAUGAAGGCGAUGAAGACUAUGUAUACCACUACAUUGGAAUGUUUGUUGACCGCGACAUGCUCAUGCGCUAUCUGGGCGGUGCAAUAGGCCACAAAGGCUUACCAUCGAACAGAAUCACUGCAAAAUCACUCCUUUCUGCAGUGACAAAAUAUCUCUCACGAAGCAAGCAGACACAGAGCCCCCGAUAUCCUCAAGAUACGUUGAACUCUGUCUUGCUAGACGAACUCUGGGCACAGCAUGCAGACGAGCCACAGCAGGAUGGCAAGGCAGCUACAGGCGAGGCGGCCACAGGCAAUGAAGACGUUCCAGUCCCCGGAAAUGAAGACGUACCAAAUGAAGACGAAGGCGAAGAUGUUCCGAGUGACGAGGACGAUUUCGGCUAUGAAUGGGAUUAUGCUGAGGACCUAGAAGACGCCGAGGAGGACGGAACACGCGAUGAGGGCGAGGGCAGAGAGGGCGAGGGCGAGGGCGAGGACGAGGGCGAGGGCGAGGACGAGGGCGGAGAUGACGAAGAACAGGAUUUUGUUGAUCCAGAUGUAGCGGAUGAUCCCUGGGAGGACGAGGACGAGUAUGCACCCCUGUAGAAGUAUUCUACCCGCCGACUCGCCUAGCUCUCCGCCCUUCAUUCCAGACGGGAAGAGCCUCACUGAACGCUUUUCGAGGACGGUACCCGGUCCCGGCGCUCAUUCACUCGGAAGUUCUCACGGAGGACCUGCAGCUCACACACCUUUCUUGCACAUAUCUGCUCAGUCCGAAGGUUUUCUUAUGACAAUAGAUGGUAUACAAUGGGUAUUGUGAAUUUUCCGGC